UGCUCUUACAAAAUCACCCACUCCUCUUUACACUCUCCACCGUUGGCGCCGCCGUCUCUCCUUCUCCACCGGCAGCGCCGCCAUCUUUGCUCCUCCACCGUCAACUGCCGCCUCCGUCGUUUUACUGUCCCCACCGUCAGCGCCGUCAUCACCAUUUUUCCGGCACCAGCAUUGCCCCCCCACCUUCAACUCUCCCAUCUACCAAUUUCAGGAAGCUUCCCUUUUAUUGGAAUUACACAUUCAAAUCAUAAUUUGUUCCUCUCAUCAAACCAGGAAUAGAAGGAGACAGAAUUGAUAUUGCCUAAAAUGUUCUACUUGAGUGAAAUUGAGCACACAUUGCGAUUGCCACCUCACCUCCUUGAUCUUCCUCUCCACGAUGCAAUUAAGGGAGAGCUUGAGGGUCUCUUUUUAGAUAAGGUUAUUGCAAAUUUGGGGCUUUGUAUCUCUGUAUAUGAUAUAAGGUUCAUCGAUGGCGGCUUUGUCUUUCCUGGAGAUGGUGCUUCAACAUACACGGUGAAAUUCAGACUGAUUAUGUUCCGUCCAUUUGUGGGAGAGGUUAUAGUUGCAAAACUAAAAGAAUCUGACUCUAACGGUUUACGCUUAUCACUUGGUUUUUUUGAUGAUAUCUAUGUACCUGUUCAUCUAAUGCCAAAUCCAUCCCAUUCUGAGCCUGACCCAGAAAAUAAGGAACAAAUCAGAUGGAUAUGGGAGUUUGGACAAGAAAAUUAUCCUAUAGAUGGAAUAGAUGAGAUUCGAUUUCGUGUUCAGAGCAUAAAUUAUCCUUCCAUACCAGUUGAACAAGAAAAAGAAAAAAACCAAGAUGAGCGAGAAAAAGAAAAACAAGCAAAACCAGAUGAACGAGAAAAAGACAAACAAAAACAAGGUAUACCAGAUGAGCGAGAAAAACAAAAACAAAAAAAAUCAAUACCGAAGCCAUUUGCUCCCAUGUUGAUUACUGGUUCACUUGAUGCUGAUGGUUUGGGCCCCAUUUCAUGGUGGAUUUAGUGGUGCUGCGUCGAAUCUAGGUGGUUUGUUUGGAAUUUUAAAGAUUCCAUAAAGAAGUAAAUGAGUGUUAGAUUUUUAGCUUGAGAUAUGCUUUUUACUUGGCCAUCAGGAAAAUGAACCUUAGUCAUAUUCAAUUAAAGAUGUAUUUAGUUGGCUCAUAUUUUGUGUU